AUGCCCACAUUUGUCGUGCCGCAUCGAUCAGGCGCGCAUCGAGUCGCAGCUAUUGCUCUCUAUCGAGCGCUCCUCACACAAUGUAAACGCACAUCUUUGCCCGCAGUACAUGGCGAAGAGCUUCACAACCUGAUCAAAAAUCGCUUCCGCGGAUUUCGAUACGACACAAGCCACCGACACCAGAAGGUCGCCUUCGAGGCAGGCUAUGAAGCGGUCGACUACCUCGAUGCAGCUGUCAAUGGCGAAGUCGGGGCAAAAGAGUACAUUCUGGCUCUAUUGAAGCGAGCUCCCAGGAACGCGAAAAUUGAUCCUAGGGAGUCGCCAAAACAAUUCCUUAGGCGACAUUAUGCGUCGCAGGCGUGGCCAGAUCAUUUGUCGCUCGAAGAGAAAGAGGGGCCGGCUAGUGAACGGAAAUCAGACCGAAAUGCACUUGCCGAAGCGGAAGAGAUGAAUGAAAGUGCCCACCAGCUGUUCUCUGAGGAGACGGCCAGUCUCGAGAGAAGUCCCACAUCGACGGAUGACGGAAACGGCUCACAGUAUUCUCAAUGUCAGCCUCUCCAGCUUCCGCCGAAAACGCUCUCGGGGGACGAAGAAUUAUCUCAGGCGAUCUUCGGGAAACCACAUCAAUCUGACUUGCCGGUCGAAGCGCAGGAACAGAAUCCUCCAAUCCGCAAACGAAGAAUCCUCUUCGACCCACCCAUCGCGAAAGAAAAUCUAGGGGGCACGGGAAAACGACACGUCCCCGUCCUAGUCAACGCAAACGGCAUCCCUUUCCUCCGUUACAAAAAACCCAUGCCCGCAAACCUCGCCGCCUUCGUAAAUUCCCGAAUCCUUCAGCGCGACAGACGGCACAAAUUCAGAAUCGAAAUGGAACACAAUCUCCACCUCGCACAAGAAGAAGAUAGGUGGGAUAGUAUCCUCUACAAAACAGCUGGAGUAGAUAGUAGCGGAGGAGGCGUUGUCGAGGGUUCAUGGAAAGACGUGAGUGAGAGAUCGCUUCAGGGGAUCACUAACAUCCUGCAGUCAGAGAAAGAGAAUAAUCGGAUUCAUGCGGAGAGGAUGCAGGCAAUUGUUGAUCGGGAGGCGGAGUUGGCGAAUUUGGAGAUGAAAGAGGAUGAGAGGAAAGCUCUCGGUGCGCUUAUGGAUAAUAUUACUGAUCAGCCUAACAUUACUGAUCAGGACAGUAUGGGAGGAGAACAUGAUGAGGAAUCUAGCCGACCGUUAAGAUUAUUCUAUGACAUGAGGUAG